GUCCAUUCUAUUUCUUGUUGCUCUGACGGCAGGGACGAUGCCGAUGCUUCGGGAUAGGAAUGAUCGUACGGGAUCCCAGCGGAUAAAGAAUGGUAACCAAAUAAUUUUGUGACCACCAACCAAUUUAUCAGAUAUCGCGCUCUGGAACCAGAAAUUCACGUACUUGGACGAGGAUGGAGGUGAAAGGAGACGAUGAUUACGGAGCCUUCAUCGAAAGAUUUGAACUGCGCCCUCCGCCUCACUCUCCUCCUCACCAACCUCUGCAGGGCCUCACCUUCGCCGUCAAAGAUAUAUUUGAUAUCAGUGGUCAUGUCACGGGCUUUGGCAGUCCUGAGUGGGCAAGGACGCAUCGUCCAGCUACAUCCACAUCUCCUGUUGUUUUGGCAGCUAUUGAUGCCGGCGCAAUCUGUGUUGGUAAAACUGUCAUGGAUGAGAUGGCAUACAGCAUAAAUGGUGAAAACGUGCAUUAUGGCACACCUACGAAUCCAUGCGCUCCUGAUCGAGUACCUGGAGGAUCAUCUAGUGGGUCCGCUGUGGCAGUUGCGGCGAAGCUUGUUGAUUUUUCUCUAGGUACCGACACGGGUGGAAGUGUUAGAGUUCCUGCAGCAUACUGUGGUAUUUUUGGUUUUCGUCCUUCACAUGGCAUCAUAUCUACAACCAAUGUCAUUCCUAUGGCUCAAAGCUUUGAUACCGUUGGAUGGUUUGCUAGAGACCCCAUCACCUUGACUCGAGUAGGCAAUGUAUUAUUGCAAUUACCAAUUGACACUACGAAGCAACCAACUCGCAUUGUUAUUCCCGAAGACUGCUUCCAAUGCUUAACUUCUCCAAUUGACCAAAUUUCUCAUAUUGUCAAUAAAUCUAUGGAGAAAUUAUUCGGGAGCGAUAUCAUAAACCAUGAAAACCUUGGUGACUACAUUCACCAUAAAGUUCCAAGCUUAGGAAAGUUCAUGAGUAACACAUCUGAAAAUCAAACAUCUGGAAUACCAUCCUUGGCAGCUAUUUCCCAUUCCAUGCGGCUGCUUCAAAGGUCUGAGUUCAAAGCUAAUCAUGGAGAAUGGGUCAAUACUAUCAAACCCAAUUUAGGUCCUGGAAUAUCAGAAAGAGUUUCAGAAGCCCUUUCAGAAACAUGUGAAAACAUAGAAUGGUGUUGUGCCAUGAGAACUGAACUUCAUGCUGCCCUGUGUGCUCUUUUGGAGGAUCAUGGUGUCCUUGCAAUUCCUACAGUUCCUGGACCCCCACCUAAACUACGUGUGGAGGCUCAUACAUUGGAACUUUAUCGUGCUAGAGCAUUUAGCUUGCUCUCUAUUGCUGGAAUGUCCAGGUUUUGCCAGAUUAAUAUACCACUUGGAAUGCGUGAUAAUCUUCCAGUGUCGGUUUCUCUCUUAGCAAGACAUGGUGCAGAUCAUUUUCUUCUUAAUCUUGCCCAGGCUCUUUAUCCUACCCUUAAAGAACAAGCAAGCAUUGCCUGGGAAUUGGGCAACUGAAAUAAGUCUUAGAAGUAUGUUUCCUGCAUAUUAAUGUUUUAUCUUUUUGUUAAUAAAUGGUCUCUUCCCUAUUCUCACUGUAAGUUGACAAUAACACUUUCAAGUGGACAAUGGAGCUCAAGGAUUUAAAUAUUUAUGUGAAAUGUUAAUAUUGCUGUGGAAUGGUAAAUAAAGAAAAUACCCAAAUCAUCCAGUCCAGAAGCUCA